UUAUUUUAUAUUAUAUACUUUACUAAACAAAACAGAACCCCCUUUUUCCUCUUCUUCCAUUUUACGCUUCAGAUUUGUAUUUAAACUCUCAUUGCAUACUCCUUCACUUCAUUUCCUCAAAGAGAAAUUCGUUUCAAUGGAAAGCAAUUCUCCGUCCAGUGCGUUUCUCGGUGUCCGUUUCGUUCUCUUCGGCUUCGAUCCCGUCAAUGAAAACAAGGUUCGGUGUAAACUUGUAUAUGGCGGCGGAGUUGAUGUUUGUCAGUACAACCAAAGUUGUACUCAUGUAAUUGUCGAUAAGAUUGUUUAUGAUAAUCCUGUAUGUAUUGCGGCUCGAAAUGAUGGUAAGACUCUUGUGACAGCAUUAUGGGUUGAGCAUACCUUUGAUAUCGGAAUGCCCGUUGAUGCCAAUUCAAUAAUGUACAGGCCACUCAAAGAUCUGAAUGGUAUACCGGGUGCAAAAAAUUUAAUCAUAUGCUUAACUGGCUAUCAGCGGCAAGAUCGAGAUGACGUUAUGACAAUGGUCAACUUGAUGGGUGCUCAAUUCUCUAAGCCAUUGGUGGCAAACAAGGUUACUCAUCUCAUAUGCUAUAAAUUUGAGGGUGAGAAGUAUGAACUUGCCAAAAAAAUCCAUGCGAUAAAGCUUGUCAGUCAUCGAUGGUUGGAAGAUUGCUUAAAGGAUUGGAAGCUUCUGCCGGAACUUAACUAUAACAAGAGUGGCUAUGAGUUGGAGAUAUUGGAAGCAGAGGCUAAGGAUUCUGAAGAAGAGGCUGGAGACACUGUUGUGAGGCACUCUGGGGGGAAAGACAUGAAUAAGAGUCCUCAUAAUUCAAAAAUUGGGGUAUCAACAACCUCUGAAUUGCCGCCCAGAUCAGUCGGUGAACUUUCGAUUGCACCAAAGGGUCCAUUGAAUGUUGAUAAUACAAUAGAGAAAUCACCUGGUCAAGCUUCAAGCUUUGAUAAUUUUGAUGUUCUUAAAGCACUUCGCCGUCAGAACACUAGUUCUGAUGAGCUACCUGACCCACUUGAUGGAACUCCAGAUCAUUCAAAGGUGGGAAAUGACUUGAAAUCUACUCCUGGAAGUGCCAAAAGGUCAACUCAGCGUGAUGGCAAGUUUAGUCCUUUAAGGAGAUCCUCAAUUCCAAUGUACUCUGGAGAAGUAUUAGGAAAUUUAAGUGAUCAUUCUAAAAUGCCCCUGGGUAAAGUCAAUGAUGAUUUUUACAACUUUUCCUUGAAGAUGGAACAAGUGACAGACAGAUUUGGCUCUGGUCAUCUUGAAACAUCUAUGGAGGAAACUAAUUUAGUUGAUAGAGGAGAGUCAAGUGGUUUGUUACCUCAAAAGAGUACGGUGGAUGUUUCUUGUGCUGGCUUUAAAUCACCAAAAGUGAGUCUUAAUGUGAAACCAUGCAUCACAAGGAGUCCAGUGGUGGGUGAUAAAAUUCAGGUAUUGGAACUAACCACUCUGAUUGAUGGUCCCGGUGGAACUAACAGCUAUUUUCCACUGGGAAAUAAUGACCUUUCUAAGGAUGAGGCUGCUAAUCCGAAUGCUGCACCAAACUCAUUCGCUAAGAUAUUAACAACCAAAACCUCAAUUCCUUGUGAGAAGUCAUUAACAUGUGAUAUGCCUUUCUCCGAAAUUGUGACCACAAAGACUGGGCAAGGUAACUUUGUUGAUGAGAAGACACCUCAAUCAUCUUUGCAGAGCUUAAGAAAGUCUGCCUCAUGCACCAGGCCUGACAUUGUAGAUUUUGAUAUGGGGGAAUCUGUAGUUGGAGAGAAAGGGAAGCAAGAGAAUGAGAAGCAAAAUGUGGAGUCUUCUCCCAGUAACAAAAAAUUGGAGACUCUGAAAUCUGACAAGCCUGGCAAUUUGAGCAUGCUUGAAGGAGGAAAUGACUUGUUUGCAAAACCAAUUAGGAAGAAGAUGGCUGCCAGAAAGACUCUGGGUUCAAGAUAUAAGUCAACUACUAAUAAUAUACAAAAAAAUAAAGCUACCUCCCAAAAUGAUGCUGUGGUUCAUUCUGUUGGAGUGAAAGAGACAGCAGAUCAUGAGAAGUCCUCUGUUUCUAUGCUGCUUGAGAUAUCUCCUCCAACUGAUAACAUUGAACCAGUGAAGGAGGUGGAGAUGAGAGAUGCCCUGAAGUCCGGGGAUGAUAGAGAGAAUAACAAUGAAUUGAUGGAUGAUGAAACUGAGGCUCCAGAGGACAGGCUUGAACAUGAGUUGGAGAAGCCACUUAGUGAAGAGAAGUCUGGGCUGGUUACAUUGACAGAUAAAGAAGAUACAAUCAUGGAAGAGAAUUCAGACAAGGGAAGUGAACCAGAAAAAGCAGUUUGUGACAAGAAGUUUGAACAUAUUGAAUCAACCUUAGAUGGAGAUGGUGUGAAAGGGAAGAUGAAUAAAGGGAAAAAGCGCCCUAUAGGUAGAACCAAGGUGAAGAUGGAUAUAAUGAAAUCUAAGAAAGGUAAGGAUGGUGAAGAGACUGUGACCGAGAACAGUGAGGGGACUGGGACAGAAAAGGAGGAAAGAGUGUUGCUUCCUUCUACCAAAACUAAGAGCUGCUCCAUUCCCGCAAAUAAGUCAGAGAACUCUGUUGAAGCGGAGAAGGAGAACAAGCCAGUUCAAAAUAUAAGUCAGGGAAAAGAGUCUGUUGGGAAAUCAUCUGUUAAUUCUAAUAUGACACCAAGGAAGGUUAAUCAAAAGGCAGGGAAGGUAUGUCCAAAUUCUUCAACAUCAGCAAGAGAUAUACCAAACAGAGUGAAAACUGAACCUGCAUGGUUUAUAUUGAGUGGACAUCGACUACAGAGAAAGGAUUUUCAACAAGUUAUUAGACGUUUGAAAGGAAAACUUUGCCGAGAUUCUCAUCAAUGGUCAUACCAGGCUACACACUUCAUAACCCCAGACCCAAUUCGCAGGACAGAGAAGUUCUUUGCUGCUGUUGCAUCUGGAAGGUGGAUUCUUAAGACCGAUUAUUUAACUGCUUGUAGUCAGGCAGGAAGAUUUUUGGCUGAGGAAUCUUACGAAUGGUACAAAAAUGGCCUAAAUGAAGAUGGUGCCAUCAAUUUGGAGGCUCCAAGGAAGUGGCGGCACAUGAGGGAGAAAACAGGUCAUGGUGCAUUUUAUGGAAUGCGCAUUAUCAUAUAUGGAGAAUGCAUAGCACCAACUUUGGAUACUCUUAAGCGUGCUGUGAAGGCUGGAGAUGGGACUAUAUUGGCAACUUCUCCUCCUUAUACCCGAUUUCUUAAUGAUCGAGUUGACUUUGCCAUUAUCAGCCCCGGCAUGCCACAUGUUGAUUUGUGGGUCCAGGAGUUUAUGAAACAUGAGAUACCCUGUGUUCUAGCUGAUUACAUAGUCGAGUAUGUUUGCAAGCCUGGGUACUCCCUUGACAAACAUGUUCUAUACAACACUCAUGCUUGGGCAGAGAAGUCAUUUGCUUACCUGCAGAGCAAGGCAGAAGAGAUUGUCAAGGAGUCCACAGACUCCACACCAUCAGAUGAUAAUGGUAGUAAUGAUAUAGCCUGCACAGUUUGUGGCUCUCAUGAUAAAGGGGAGGUCAUGUUGAUUUGUGGUAAUGAAAGUGGUUCUGUUGGUUGUGGGGUUGGUACCCACAUAGAUUGUUGUAAUCCUCCACUUCAAGAGGUCCCAGAGGAUGACUGGUUUUGUCCCAAGUGUAGUGGAAGCAGACACAGCACAAACUCUGCUAAGAGAAAGAAGAAAGGGUCCUCUUUAUUGAAAAGGAAAUGAUUUUUGAUAUCUUGCUUGUAACCCUUAUAGGUUUAGAAAAGGUAUCCAGAUCAAUUUUGUACGUCUAGUUGUGGUAAUAGCAGUAGAAUUUAUUAUAAAUGAUCCCAGAUGAUUGUAAUGUACUUUUAGAAAUUCCUUAAUCUGACUUGGGGACCUGUAAUUUAAAUAUUAACUGUUAUCGUGGCAGUACUUACCAAGGGAAGAAAAUGCUGGCAUUUUUUAUUA